UUCCCGGGCUGUACCCUUUCCCUCCCUCUCUCCCUUCCUCCCCUUUGUUCCUCUCUCCCCCAAAAGUUCUGUUUUCCAGGGUGCCUACUUCAUAACGCCUGAGACCUGGGUGUGGGCAGCAAAGAUGGACAACAUACUGCUGCUGCUUUCUCUGUGGGCUAUGGCUGGCUAUGCCUCUCUGCAGACUGCGGCCGAGCCACCUGAGGCCUGUCCGGAGAGGCUCGUGGGCGACGAGCGCAGGAGGACGUGUCCUAGACCAUGUGUGCAGGACAAGGACUGCGGCAGCAAACGCCAGUGUCUGUGUGAUGGCCAGUGUGGCCUCAGCUGUGUGGCUCCAGGACGUACUUGUCCCUGGCCUCUACCCCCCGGGAGCAACUUGGUGCCUUCCCUGCUCUCUCCCACUCCCUCCUUCUCCCUGCUCUCUCCCACUCCCUCCUUCUCUGCCCUCCUUGAGGUGCGUUGUGUCCCAGGCUACGUGUUGCCCAGUGGCUUGGAUGCAGCCAUCCGCCGUUGCCAAGGCGACCGACAAUGGAGUGGUGACGAUCCCAUCUGCACAGUAGAACCCCCUUCCCCUGAUGUUUCCUGUCCAUUACCCAAAGAGGUGACCGAAACCUUCAGCAUCAAUGGAACCUCAGCCCCCGGAACAACCAUCCGUUACACCUGUCUGUUUGGGGAGCUGGUGGGAAACAGUGAGAAUGUCUGUACUGAUAAACUGACAUGGCAGUACCCUCAUCCCAUCUGUCAAAGAGUGUGGUGCCCGGCCCCCCAGGAGGUGAACCAUGGGUACCUGGUGGCAGUGCAGAGGAGUGAGUAUGAGGUGGGUGAUGAUAUCUACUAUCUCUGUAAGAAGAACUUCCUGCUGGAUGGACCAAACCGGGUUAGCUGCCAGCCCAAUGGUACCUGGACCACAGUUCCCUACUGUAGAGCGCGCUGUCCAAUCCCAGCGGAGCGGAGCCGUGUUUUGAUUGGUGGGCUGAAGCGUUGGCCCUAUGACAUGACAGACUCAGUGGUUCCUCAUGGGGAGAAUGUAACAUUCUACUGUAAACACCCCAGGAAGCAAUGCAGCCUCCCCUCCACACAGACCUGCUUUGAUGGUCUACUCAGCGCCCCCUCCUGCUACCUAGAACCCACCUGGCUGCAGUACAAACUGUUUCCUCAUCGGCUGGUGUCUGAGAUCGAGGCCUGUUCCCCUGCAGACUUGGAGUAACCCCAACACAUUUCCCCUGUCCCCUUCGCUCAGCCAGUGAGCGGCCCUACAUGUUAAAAAAUGACAAUGUCUUAAUAAAGAUGUGAUACGUGUAGUCAGGCACACAACGUCCAAUAAGGUUCAGAUGCUCACUUCAUGUUGUUCUACUGUGUCUGAUUCUGACUCCUCUCACCUCGGGAUCUGACUGACCUGAAAAUGUGUUCAUGUUGUUGUGUGUUGCAUAUUUUAUUGCUGCCCAAAGGCAUCCUUUAGGUUAGUCCUUCUCCUUAUGUUACUGAUGCACCAAGCCUUGAGGCUUGUAAGUAUUUUGGUGUGACUAUUUUUGAAUUAGAAAAAAAGUAUUUAUGUAAUUACAUGAGUCUGUAUUAUACCUAUAUCAUAAGUAAAAUUAAAUAGAGAUUAAAACCAAAUCCUUAA